AUGUCAUUUCCUUCUAUUGUUUAUACCUUCACUUUCAGGAUUAGAGAUAUACUGGCUUUGGCAAUGGCUGGAUCAAAUACAUUUGGGCUAGUGACUGGUGCAUUUCUUCUUGGUUUUGGUUUAAGCGAAAUUCCAAAGAGCAUUUGGAGAAAUGCUGACUGGACUACUCGUCAGAAGGUUCUGUUGCACAAAAUUGCCAAAAUGGCUGUGAAACUUGAUGAUGCUCACCGAGAACUAUCAAACACCAUAGUGGUACGUGUUUCUGAUAAUAAUAUGCUUAUGAACUGGUCUAUCAAAAAUUAUAACGUGAAAACUCUGUAG